ACAAUGCAGUUCCAAGGCAAACUAAAGUUUCUUUUUGGACAAAGGAAGAAGUCCUCAUCAGGAACAGUAUUGCCACCUCAGCUGUCCUUAUUCUGCAUAGUGGUACCACUUCUGCUCCCUUCCAUGACAGAGAUGAAGAUGAAAAGCCUGCUUGUGAAAGCAAAACACAAAGCUGAUGAUGCAGCAGCAGUGAAUACAAACUCCAGUUCCAAAGGUAAUUCAGGGCUGUGUGAAGCAGCAGAAUUAUAUGGAAGAAACAGUCAUCAUGAAGGUGCCGCUUUCACUAAUGUGUUACAGAUUGCUGAAAACCAAAUCAAAGCAAAGAAUAAUGGAGAAAAUGGCAUUUCUCUAGUCAAAGUACAAACAAAUGAAGAUCACUGGGUCUGGGUUCAAGCUAACACUCAACUUCUGUAUCGAAGUGGUUGUUCAGAAUAUGUCCUUGCCCAACAGCAAAUGUUAAAGGAAGAAGAUGAACAACUGAAGAUACCAAGCAGUUUUUCCAGUUUGAAAGGAAACCUGGAGGGACUUUCCUAUAACAGUGCCAUUGAAACUCUGGGCCAGUGGAAGCAUCUUAACUGGACAGCAGUAAAAAACGAACAAGAUAAUGUAAAAGUGAAGUUUGAGCCUCAUACAAACGGUGAGUGUUUUAUGCAAGAGGAACCUCUCAGUUCUAACACAUCAGUUUUAGGUGUUCAAAACAACUGCACCACAAACAGUAGCUGGACUUUAAGAAACUCAAGCUCUUGUUCUAUGAGCCAGCGAAUGAACACGUGUUCAAACAGGAGAGCUGGAUCAUUCUACAACAGAGACCAAAGUUUCUUAAAUUUAGCAUCAACUUGCCCUUCUCACUGGGGGAGUGCAGAAAGCUGCCAGUCUUACUCGGGCGUACAACAGCGUUAUGCGGAGAACUAUGCGACAAACCAUCUGAAACUGCAGAGACCGUUAAUAUCCUCAGAGUCUCUCUAUGACGCGGCCUUUCCCUUGGAGAUGCCUAUCAAAACGGAAUACGAUUCCGAUUCUGAAAAUAUUGCCGAUAACUACCUGACGUCGCAAAACCGAGCCUGGCUGGAUGAGAACGGCUCGGUGAGAAAGCAGGUGUUUAGCUACCCCAAUAGAGUGCACCUCAAAACAGAACCGGACCUCUGUGAGCCAACCUCACCUUGUCAGAAGCCAAGGCACUGCCUUUACACGCCUCAUAAUUGGCAAUGCAUCGUAGCAAAUCAUCCCAACAACCUAAACCUGAACAGAUCUUGCAAGGGUUCACGUAGCAAGGAGGUGGCCCCAUUUUGCCCUCAGAACUCCUCUGGGUGUUUGGAAAGCAUGCCUGAUCUGCCACACACGGCGUGCUAUGACCACUUCUACAGCCCCAGCCCAGGGGAGGAGAAAGAGCAGAAUAACGAGGUGUUUAAAAUGCCGUGUGAAUUUAAAAACCCCUGCUUGGUUCAAGCAAUCAAGCGUGAGCCCCUGGAUUCUCCACCAUUGUCCAACAGCGGACAGAACAGAGUACAUGUGAGCUUCCCUGAAAAUACAUUAGCAGGUCCUGUGCCUCAUAAAACCACUGAAUGUACAUUUUUACAAUAG